UAACCAUUUAACCUAGUUUUUUUUUCUUAAUUAGUGUGAAAAGUUUUAGGACAUUUAAAUAAAUUAUAACUUAAGUGAACCGACUAGAUUACGCCAUCGUACUACCCCCAAGAUGCGACCAGUAUUUGCCUUCCUGCUCCUGGCGCUCAUCUGCUUCGCCAGCACUAAGUCGGAGAGCGACUUCGAGGAAGACGACAGUGAUGAUUUUGCCGAAUUCGACGACGGCAAUUUUUACGCUGAGCCAGCGGCCAAGAAUGCAGAUUCGUUCUCCGGAGGAGCAGGAUCCAGCCACGGCGAGUCCCGCGACGAUCCGCCUGCCAAGGAGCCGCGGAAGCAAGCACAAAACCAGGAGAGCGACGAGGAGGACGGCCUUGUCGAGGAUGACGAUGAGUUUGAGCACUUCCAGGAUGAGGAAGAGUUCGAGGGCUACGAUGGCGGAGACUCCAAGGAUCCGCCCAUCGACCAAAAGGUUGAGCCAAAACUGAACAUACCAAACAUCCCUCUGCACUUCCGCACCCACUGGGACUCCUACUGGAUGGAGAUGCUCAUGGUGGCAGGGUUGUUGGCCUACUUCGCCAACUUCUUUGCGGGAAAGGCCAAAAACGCGCGUUUGGCGCAGCUUUGGUUCAGUACCCACAGAGCCCUGCUGGAUGAGAACUUCGCCUUGGUCGGAGACGAUGGCAAGGCGGAGAACGAGAAUCCGGGACUGAUAAAGGAGAGCGAGAGUCUUUAUACUCUCUGGUGCUCCGGCAGGACCUGUUGCGAAGGCAUGCUCGUCGAGCUGAAGAUGAUCAAGCGACAGGAUCUGGUCUCCUUGGUGGCGGGACUAAUGCGCCCACAGCUGGACCAGGCCCACAUCAAAAUUGAACUCACACGCGGUGUAAUGGAUGCCUUUGUAUUUGCAGUUGGUACCAAAAAGACAAUUACCAAGCUCUUCAAAGAGUAUACGGAUCUGAGCAAGUUCUGUAGUCUAGUCGGCAAGCCGGAGGAUCGCUACAAUGUACCCACCGGCUUUGGCGUGCUCUCCGAAAUUCCGGAGGCCACGUCCGCCAUCCUCGAGUCACGUAUUAUCACUGCACUUAACAAGUACCAAAGCUAUAUCGAUUACCUGCACAUCUCGGACCAGUUCAGUGGGCCCAUCCAGCAGGAAGAGGGUGGCACCCUCAAGCAGCCCGAAACCAAGGCCGUGCUUCUCGCAGGCUUCAAUUUGCCGAAGCACGCCGAAAUGGAGACCAUUAAGCCGUUGUUAUUGUUGAUCUUUUAUUUAAUGGAGCGUUUAAAGACCUAUCGCAUGUCCAAGGAGGGCAAAGCCAAGUCGGACAAAAACCGUCAGCGCGUGGAGGAGGAGUUCUUGAAGAGCACCCAUGCCGCCCGCGCCGAGGCUGCCGCUCAGAGACGUGAGGAUAAGCGUAAGCAGGAGAAGGAGCGCAUUCUGGCCGACGAGGACCCAGAGAAGCAGCGCCGUUGGGAGGCUAAGGAGCAGAAGCGCCAGGCCAAGAGGAAUGCGCCCAAGAUGAAGAGACUGGCCGUCAAAUCCCUGUAGAUUUGUUUCAAUUGUGCCAUUUGCCGCAAGGAGCGCACCUCAUUAACGUACACAAACCGACCAUUUGUAGAUGUUCCUCUCAAAUGCCAGAAUAAAGCAAUAUCUAUUUGUUUCCUAUGGAGCGCCAAAACAAAAACCUCAGUUGUGCCAACUUAAUCUGGAUCAUACAAAGUACUACACUGUUUAAAUGCAGAUAAGCAGCCUAUCUCUUCGUUGAGCAAGAUAAGUUUUGUAACCUUAAUCUAUAAAAUGAAUUAGGUUAAAUACUUCAACGAUAUAAAAGGAACGC